UUCACCAAACACCUUACCACCUCUACCUCCCUUACACCACCAGCUGAUCAACAUGUCAAACCCCCACACAACAACCCUCCUCAUCUCGUCCCUCCCACCCAACUCCACCUUCGGCAUCGACCUCCACACAUACACCACUGGUCCGAACUUUCGGGGAAUCAAGUACGUUCCGCCUGGGUUGCAUUUCGUAUACUAUGCCCGGAGUCCUGGGGUACCAGGGGGGUUGGGAGCACAGGGUCAGGUGUCGCCGGAUGUGAGUGGAGGGAUGGGGUUGAGGGAUGGGUUCUGGGUUGAGGCGAGGGGUGGUGGGGAGGUUAUUGUGAGGGAGUGGGAUGCUGAGAGUGAUGAAUUGAGGGUGGCGGAAGCACUUACAUCAACAACGGUGGAUGAACGUGGGUUGGCGCCAUAUCCGUAUCGGGAGCCUGGAAUUGAGGGAGAGGAACGACAGCCAAGCACGGACGACUUCAAGAGACUAUCAACACGGAUCACGAAGGAGCUACUAGAUCGGAUAUUGCCCACGGGGUGGGGUGUGGGAUCGACUACGGCUUCGAUAUCGGAUGAGAAAGAGUUGAAGACUGGAGCGGCAUCGACGCCGGAUGAACACGUUCUGAGGUUUUCUGUCAUUGAUUUGAAGAGGUCGUGGCCUCCGGGUUCGGUUGGAGCGGAUAUUACGCGGUGGUCAUUGGAUAAGUCGUGGGUGCUCAACUCGACAAUCCAGACAUACCACUCCGGUGAUCGGACAGCAUUGUUGGGAGAGUUGCAAUUGGCUUAUCUGUGUCUUUUGGCUGUGUCCAACUUUGCUGGAUGGGAGGCCUGGAAGACCAUUGUGGAGAUGGUUUGUGAUGCGCAGGAAGCCAUUGCGACGGAGAGCUGGCAGGCGUUCUUCGUGGAGUUCAUGGAUGUUAUUGAAGCACAGCUUGUUUGCACUCCAGAAGCGACGUUCAGGGAUAUUGUGGAGGAUAGUUUGUUUUUGGCAACUCAAUUGCGACAUUUGCGACGGAAUAUCACGGAUGGGGAGGCAUCUACGGCAACACCGGGGGUUGUACCGUCUUCUGUGCUAUCGGCACGGUUGGAUGAUCUACUAAAAGCAUUGAAAGAAGCAUUUGAUUACGAAAUUGAGCUUGUGGGUGGUCCCCAUGCGGGCCGUGGGUUCGUGGAUCUGGAGAACGGCGGAGAGGUCAUCGUGAUCGGAGAAGGCGCGGAAGACGAAAUGGAAGAAGAAACAGGAGAGUAUGCUCCAGUAAUCGUCGAGAUGUAAUCCUACAAGAUGAUUCGUUAGAAUGGACCCUCCCUGCCCUGGG